UCAACUGAACCGUCCUAUCUCUCAAUGAAAGUAAAAACCAACUUACUAGUGGGAGAAAUUCAAGAAAGGUUAUAUGGCCAUCACUUUCUUCAAGACUAGUGGAUUCAGGUCAUAGUUUGAAUACAGUAAAUGUUAACGAAUGUUGUGCUGAGUGUGGUUGGCUAUUAUGCACUCGAGUAGAUUAAUUCGGAUAACAUUCAGCGAGAUAAUAUUCAUUCUAUGCUGGUUCUGUCAUUCUACAACUGAAGGAACUUAUCAAGAUAUCAUAGAAUACCAUGAACCAUGGCAGGAGAGUGGUCACAUAAGACGUUGGGUUAAAUUAGCCGAACCAAGACAUGUGAUAACACGUAGACACGAAACAUCUCAAGAUGUUGAAACAACUAGACAUUUCGAUCCUGACACCUUGCAUAAAAUUACCGAGACCUUAGGAGCUAUCAAUACUGUAGGUAGAUACAUAGUUAAUAUGACAAUAGGUGAUGAUGAUAGCACCAAAAUAUCGAACGAAGUACCAAGUGCCAUAUACACCAUAAGUAAAAAUGUUCUGGGAAGAAACGUAACAGACACCAUUGCCCCCUAUGUUAGAGAGGCAUUACCUAGUGCUAUUAACAUUAAAGAUGAGAAAUUGAUAGAAAGAGACGACUAUGAGGAUGGAGAAGACAAAAAAAGCAGCUGCACCACACCUGGAGGAACAAUAGGAUCUUGCAAAGAUCUAAGUGACUGCCCCCAGCUCCUGUUGAACCUAGGAACCCUCAGACAAUCCCUCUGUUUCAAGAGUCUCUUCGUUCCUGGAGUCUGCUGCCCCGUAAUCCAAGGAACCAAAUUACAACCUGUACAGUCCUCCUACACAUCUACCACUCGAAAACCAAUAACGACAACCACAACGACUACCAAGCCGAUCAAACUGAGUACUAGGCCAUCGUCUAGUAGCAAUACGAUAAGACCACCGAUUAAAAUAACAAGUUCUCCUAAUAGGCCGAAUCCAUCGCAUUUCCCAAAUGUUCCGCAAGUUGAAUCGAAUUACGUGGACACUGGUGAAUGUGGUCAACCUGAAUCAGCCAAGUUCCGAGUAGUGGGAGGCGAGGAAGCUCUGCCAGGGCGAUGGCCAUGGAUGGCAGCCAUAUUUUUGCAUGGUUCCAAGAGGACCGAAUUCUGGUGUGGUGGAUCUCUCAUUACAGCAAGGCAUAUUUUAACUGCUGCUCAUUGUACGAGAGACUCCAGACAACGACCGUUCUCUGCGAAACAGUUCACCGUCAGGUUGGGCGAUAUAGAUUUAAAAAGAAACGACGAACCUUCAGCCCCCGUAACAUUCAAAGUAACAGAUGUAAGAGUGCAUCCGCAAUUCAGCCGAGUCGGUUUCUACAACGACAUAGCCAUUCUUCUGCUGGAUCGUCCGGCCAGAAAGUCCAAAUAUGUGAUACCCAUCUGUCUCCCGCCUCCCAAUUUGUGGAGAGAUUCCUUCGCUGGGAAAAGAUCAACGGUCGUAGGCUGGGGAACGACCUACUAUGGAGGCAAGGAGAGUACGGUACAGAGGCAGGCUGUGCUGCCCGUGUGGAGAAAUGAAGAUUGCAACGAGGCCUAUUUUCAGCCUAUCACUUCAGAUUUUAUUUGUGCUGGAUAUUCAGAAGGGGGCACAGAUGCAUGUCAGGGUGAUUCGGGAGGACCCUUAAUGGCAUUUUGGGAUACACGAUGGAUUCAAGUUGGAGUUGUUUCAUUCGGGAAUAAAUGUGGAGAACCAGGGUAUCCUGGUGUUUAUACGAGAGUCACUAGUUAUAUCAAUUGGAUAAGGGAAAACACCCGCGAGAAACUGUGAAUAUUAUGAAGAAACCAGUGAUAAUUAUUUUUAUACAAAACAUUUUAACCUGUAAUUUAUUGUGCAAUCUGUGAAGUGAGAUUUAUCAGAAUAACUUUGGUUGGUUUGUGUCAGAUCUGCAGAUUCAAUAUAUUUUCCAACCCCUA